GUGUUGAAUAUUUUAGCUAGAGGGCACACUCAAAUCGAUAUUGCCUUUAAACAACCGUAUCCGGCUUCGUCCUGAAGUCGAAGAUUUUCUUAUUAGAUUUUUGGGAGUGAUAGCUGCCUUCUUGUUACCUGUGUUUUCUUGUAGAGAAGGGGACUCUCUUUCUCCUCUCUUUCUUUGUGCGCGCACGUUUUUACAUUAAUAAACUUUCUCUUUCGAAACUCCAAGAAAGAAGGUUGGAGGAUCUCGAAGAAAUUUUUCUGAGAUGUUUCCUACACAACAAAGCAAUGAGCUGGUCUUUUCCGACCCUUCGAUUUUCGAAGAUGAUAAAGUUCUCGAAGAGCUACUUGCAGAUCAUGUUUUGUUGGGUGGCCGUGCUACUAAAGAUACAAAAAAGAGGCGAAGAGAAUCAUCUGCAAGUGUUAAAGAAAACAAGGAUGUGAAUGACAAUGAGAUCAAGAAUAAGAAAGUUGUGCAUAGAGAGAUUGAAAAGCAACGAAGGCAAGAAAUGAAAAAACUUUGUGCUUCUCUUCGAUCCCUUCUUCCUCUCGAAUUCAUCAAGGGAAAACGCUCAGUCUCCGAUCACAUGCACGAGGCUGCGAAUUACAUAAAGCAUAUGCAAACUAGCAUUGAAGAACUAAGUUCACGAAGAGACAAGCUAAAGAGCUCAUCUAAUUUCAGCGCCGCUGAAGCUAUGAAUGCAAGCUCGAGGAUUGGUUCGACUCAUGGCAUAGUGGUGAACCCUUUUAGGGAUGGUGUGGAGAUUCUAAUCAGCAGUAGCCUCAAACCAGAAGGGUUCCCUCUCUCUGGAGUGCUUCAAGAAUUGCUCGAGAUGGGACUCAAUGCUGUUAGCUGUGAAACUACAAAAGGAAAUGAGAAGUCAAUUUAUAGGAUCCAGAUUGAGGCUAGUGAUCUAACGGCUGGCAUUGAUCUAUCCGUGCUGCAAGAGAGGCUGGCCAAUGUGAUUAACCUGGCUUGAGUGUUUUAGCAGUUACGUAGCAAUAAGCUUUUUCUAGGAAGUCGAAUAGUUGAGUCCAGAUAUAUAUGCCAUCUCUUGAUUUUAUGUGUCUUGUAAAGUGUAUGCUUGUUUUUUCAAUUAUAUUUAAAAAAAACUUGCAUC